AGAAAACAAAAAAAAGAAAGAAAACAGUAAUUUUUAAAAAGAAACAAAAAUGACAGAAUAAAGUCCAAAUGAUGGGACUUUAAAAAGUUAAGAGGAACAGGAGUGUUCUGAAUUAUGGGGGUGUUUUUCUUUUCUUCCACCAAUGGAGCUGAAUCACGAUAAACUGCAGACUCUCAUCGAGAGGGCGUGGGCUUUGCACGACAGGUUGAACAAUGAAAUCGACAACAGUAUCAGCUUCUGCAGGCAUUGUUCAGACCACGGUCGCUUUUGUGAUAUUGGGCAGACCCCAUAUGAGGAAAGGAAGAGUUUGAUUCCCAUCAGAGAUUCGUUGAAAGAUGUUGAGAACACCCUUUUCCAUUUCAAGAAAUUGCAGGCUUGGCAGCUGAGAGAUAAGCAUUCGGUGCUCUGUCGAUUGGAGCAAAGCAGAUUGUUUCUUACAAAGCAAGUAACACAAUACAAAGGAAGACCCCUGGAUGUGGUGAAAGAGUUGAAUGCUUGUUUUGCCAACGUUGAUGACAAAACUUCAAUAGACAGCGAUGUGGAAGGAACUGUGAAGAAAAAUGAAGGUCGAAACACGAGGAGAGGGCUUUCUGGUUUUCUCUUUUGCUGGCUUAGAGUUUUAUUCAACCCCCGUAAGUGGCAAAAUGCUGUUGGAAUUGCAGUGAAAUUGAUUCUUAUUUCAGCCAUGCUUUCAUAUACAGUUCAAUUUUAUCAUCCCAAGCAACAAUCUUGUAGAAAUUCACAAAGGAAAUUGAUUGUUUCAGUUAUGUAUUCGAAAGAAAAAGAAGCAGAAAAAUUAGACAGUGUAUUAACUAUCUCAAAGAUGCCUCUGGAUGUUUCCUGUGGCAGAGGAUGAUUACUACAUUCAUCAUUAAUAUAAGAUGAACUUUAAACUCAAUUUC